AUGUCAGGCAAAGUCAUUGCGAAGGACAUUCGGAACUUCUUUGGACCCCCCGGUGGCCAGAAGGCAAAGCAGAGGUCCAGCCAGCCACAGGCAGGCAGUAGUCAGCGGAGCCUAAAGAACGACCCUAUCGAAAUAAGCGAUGAUGAGAAGAGGUCUGCACCCGCUCCAAAUCGUGUUGAAUUACGCGCUAAUUGCUCGCCCAGCCCUCCGAAGCCUCAACGUGCUCACGGAAAGAGCAAGGCGACCAAUGCACGAGGUCUUCUAAAGCCAUCUGACCGGAUGGAUGAGGACGACAUACAACUCAGAAGGGCUUCUGGAAUGAAGCGACCUAAAGCCAUCCUCUCCAGCGACGACGACGACGACGACGAAAUAAAACCUCCACCGACGAAAAAGAAAGCGACCGCCCGCGCGCCACCCAAACCCACCACCGCGACGUCCAAGUCAAGCGACGAUGACGACAUAGUGAAACCGCCGCCGACAAAAAAGAAAGCGACCGCCCGUGCGCCAACGACAUCCAGGCUAAGCGACGAGGAAGACGAGGAAGCGAAGCCACCGCCGACGAAAAAGAAAGCAGCACCCAAACCCCGGCAAUCCAUCGCCAAGUCGAAGGAUACCGACGACUAUGAAGAUACUCCAGACGACAAGCUGGUUACGAAGAAGGCCGCUCCUCUUGCGAAACCGUCCAAAGCCACCACGAAAGCCCCUACGCAGCCCUCUACAAAGCAAGAAGACGCCGACGAGCCACCCAAGAAGAAACCGAACUGGUACGCAAUGAAGGCAGCCAAACUCGCGGGUCCGAGUGCGCCGGGUUCGAAACAAGUUCCGGAGGCGGCGUCGGAGGAUUGCCUGGCCGGCCUCUGCUUCGUGUUCACAGGAGAACUGAGCAGCUUUUCGCGGGAUGAAGCGAUCGAGAUCGCGAAGCGUUUUGGCGGUCGCGUCGUCGGGCAGCCGUCUGGCAAGACGAACUACAUCGUCCUUGGCGACAAUGCUGGGCCAUCGAAGCUAGCGGCCAUCAAGAAGCACGGCCUGAAGUGUCUGUCCGAAGAUGAAUUCCUCGACUUGAUCGCUACGAGAAAGGGACCGGGGAAUGGCAAGGGAUACGACGAGAAAACGAAGAAAAAGAUGGAGAAGGAGCAGGCGGACAUCAAGAAGGCUGCGAAGGAAAUCGAGGCGAGGGAGAAGGAGGCGCAGAAGAGCGGGAGUAGCUCGACGUUCGGCUCAAGCUCAAACGCUCCGAACAUUGAGAACCAACUCUGGACGACUCGUUAUGCGCCGCAGACACUCAAGGAGAUCUGUGGCAACAAAGGGCAAGUGGAGAAGCUCCAGCAGUGGCUGACGGACUGGUUCGUCCUUCUGAAGUCAGGCUUCAAGAAGCCUGGUAAGAAUGGCAUGAACAUUUUCCGCGCGGUGUUGAUAACGGGUCCACCGGGCAUCGGUAAGACGACAAGUGCCCAUCUCUGCGCGAAGCUUGCUGGGUUCACGCCGAUCGAGCUGAAUGCCAGCGACGCGCGGAGCAAGAAACUGGUGGAGAAUGGAAUGAACAUCAACAACAAGUCGCUGGAUGGAUACCUCGCCAACAGCGUCGACGGUCACAGCGCGACUAACUCGGCUGGUGUUGCGAUCACUGAUCGGUCCUGCUUGAUUAUGGAUGAGGUGGACGGGAUGUCUGCAGGCGACCGCGGUGGCGUUGGCGCCAUGAACGCGUUGAUCAAGAAGACCAAGAUUCCCAUCAUCUGCAUCGCGAAUGAUAAGGGUGCGCAAAAGUUGAAGCCCCUCCAGCAUACUACUUUUAGCCUCUCGUUCCGAAAACCCGAUGCGGCGGCUGUACGGUCUAGAAUACUUACCAUUGCCUACAAGGAGAAGAUGAAGGUUCCCGCCAACGUCGUAGACCAGCUCGUGCAAGGCGCACAAUCUGAUAUCCGUCAAGUGAUAAACAUGCUCUCGACAUGGAAACGAUCGAGCGACACAAUGGACUUUGACGAGGGGAAAUCUAUGGUGAAGAUGAACGAGAAAUAUGCGAUACUGACACCGUUCGAUGUCACGCAGAAGAUGCUGGGCCCGUAUCUGUUCUCGCAUACCGCUCGCGAAACCCUCGGAGACAAGAUGGAGCUCUACUUCCACGAUCAUUCGUUUACCCCGCUGUUUAUUCAGGAAAACUACCUUAAGACGCAGCCAGCCAGGAUCCGCAGCCUACAAGGCCCCGAGCAGAUACUGAAGCAUCUGGACCUGAUGGACCGCGCGGCAUCGUCGAUAUCUGAUGGGGAUCUGGUCGAUGCUCUGAUACACGGACCCGAGCAGCACUGGUCCCUGAUGCCUCUGCACGCCGUAUGCUCUGCUGUUCGACCCGCCUCUUUCUUGUACGGACAAGGAGCUGGUUACGGUGGCCCUAACGCCAUGUCCUUCCCUCAAUGGCUCGGACAGAACUCCAAGCAGAAUAAGCUGAACCGCCAGCUGACAGAUGUCCAAGUCCGCAUGCGGCUAAAGGUCUCGGGAGAUAAGUCUGAAAUUAGACAGUCGUAUCUCCCAGCUCUAUUCCCCCACAUUGUCGGGCCACUCAUUGACGAUGGAUCAGCGGCGGUGGACGAAGUCAUUGAGCGAAUGGACGAAUACUAUCUGUCUAAGGAGGACUGGGAUACCGUCGUUGAGCUCGGCGUCGAUCAAAACAAGGACGAGCUUGUCUUGAAAAAGAUCCCUGCGGCAACGAAGACUGCUUUCACUAGGAAAUAUAAUGCGGCCGAGCAUCCGAUACCGUUCCACAAAGCCUUUGACCUUGGAAAAGUUCCCAAGAAGCUUGCUGCAUCUGGACCAGCGCCUGACAUUGAAGAUGCUUUCGAUCUCGACGACGAAGUCGCAGAAGCCUCUGAUGACGACAAGGAAGAUAAGUCAGCGGAUGAUAUCACUAAAGACAAACUAGUGAAGGUCGCGAAAAAGAAGAAAAGCGCUCCAGCCAACGGUGGAGGGAAGGGUAGAGGCAAAAAGGCCGCCUCAUGA